CCGCACGUGAUACCGUGUUAAGUUCGCGUCGGUCGAUCUUUCGGGCCAAAUCACCAAUAAUUUGUUGGAAAGCAUGGGAUUGUGGCUGUGAUGCCUCAAUGGGUAGGUUCGGCUUCUCUGUCUCUGCACUUCUAUAUAACUAUGGUAUUUCCCAAUUCCUCUCUUUCAUUCUUCAAUUGAAGUCCUUUUCACAAUAGGAACACCUCUGUCUGUUACUAUUAACCCCAAACUCUUCCUUUCUCGUCCGCAAUGGCUGCCACAAACUUGAUAGACCGAUAUCUGGCUCUGCCAGGAGAGCUUCAAUCAAUGAUUCUCUCUUUCUGCACAAACAAUGAUUUGGUCUGCCUUAGUCUUGCCAACAAAAACCUCCAUUCCCUCUUCGCCACUCCCAAAUCAGCGCCCCUUUUCACCAACGAGAUCCUCGCUUCGCCCGGCCACUUAUCACUUCUGCCCACCUCCCACCCAUGCUACAGAUACCCGUGGGCGGAUUACAGCGCCCGCCCCUUCAACGGCUUCUACGAGAACUUGUGCAGGGCCAGCGAGUGCUACCACGAUGAAAAACUCGACUGUGAGUUAUGGCGCCGCUUGCGUGACUGGAUGCCAAAUAACACACGCUACUGCGGCGGAUGCCGCCGCUUUACGAAGCGUGAUAAGAGGCGGCGGAAAGGAGCUUGCAAAUGUACGCGCCCGGCCCGUCGGUCGACGGACAACAAUUGGACCUACAAGAAGUACCGAGGCUUCCACAGGAACUUCUGGAAACUUCACUACACCGAGGCGAACCUGGCGAAGGUGAUACGGCGGUACACCGAGCCGCGGAUGAACAGAUCUCCGUAUGGACUAAGAGAACGUACGAAGCCGUCUCAGAAGCUGCUGGAGCACACGAGCAACCAUCAGUAUACCCAAGACUCGACGGGCGUGUGGUGCAAGACCGAUUUCACCUGAGCUUGCUGAUCGUCAGCUGUACUAUUAUAUACCCAGUGCCCAUGGGGGUGAUGACGACGACAUGAUUUCACGAACUGACGAUCGGUAUGACGGAGAAUACAUGAGGGACUUUAUCUGCAUAUUAUUACCCUAUUUUUGUCUGCUUUAUAGCGCAUUACAAGCAUAGCAUAGCGACUUGCAUUUAUCAAAAUCCACAUUUACUGUACCA